GCUUGUGCUCUGGUGUUGGAAGUCGAUUGACGAACGCGUGCACUGAUUGGAGGGUACAAAGAUGAAGGUGGGAAGUAGACUGAAUUCCUAGAACCAUAAAAGCCAGCUACUGUCAGAAUCUUGAAGGACCAAGGAAAUAAUAGGCAAGGAACUAUUUUAUGAUAUAUUCGAUAUUCAAGAAUACUCCUUGUCCAUCCGCUAUCUCACUAUGGCAGCCCCUAGCUCCUGGAGUAUUCCUCAGGAAUUCAAAGACCACGUUGAGACAAUUCGUGCCGAUUGGCUUUCGAAAGGGCUGCGCGAUGGUGUAAAGCGCCAGGCACGAAAUAAUCAAUUGGAUCAGAUACUGUCAAUGUUUGGCAGUUUUCUUUGGAACAUCGAAGACCAGUUCAAGGCUGCGAUAGAAGCUGGGGUGUCCGACACCGAUUGGAAACCGAACCUCUCACGGCACCUUCGAAUCUUGUGGGCCCAUAUCUAUACCGCUGCUCGCUUUUGUAACGUCGAAUACCGGGACAGGCUAGUCGUUGAGCUCAUGCUCCUACACGGAGUGGGUGGUAUGACUUGUAUUAAGGACAACCAAACAGUCGUGGCAUCUAUGGCAGACCGUGUUUUGUGGACCGAUAUGCCAUUCUUCGCCGAGGAAAUGCUUUUUUUCUGGAACCUAGAGUUUGCGGUUAUGAGUCGUUCUCAACGUCGAAACCUACACUACGUGCUCGCCACGGUAGCUGGCGGUAACAUCGUAAGCGACAAGCUUAGCGCUGUCGGCAUUCUCGUCUUGCGAGAAGCUUUCGAGACCCCACGCGAAAUGGGCAGCGAUAACUCUGAAGAUGGAGAAGACGAGAACAGGACGAUCCGAGACCUGACUGUCCUAGAUCUGCUGGGGUGUGCUGAGUUUUGGCUGUUGAAGGCCCGGGACCCAAUAAUGAGGCUUUCGGCGAACAACUUUUCCGACUACCCCCAAGAGGUUGGACGUCUCGGUCCACUUGCACAGGAGGCUGGAGUGCCGGAUAACGGUGGCUUGAGCCAAGAAAGAUGGUUCUUUUGGAAGCGCCGGCAUUUUGAUAUCACUUGCUCUAUGCGCCCCGAAGGAAAUGGCCGGGUUCCACAAGAACGGUGGCCGGAUUCCUACCUUCCAAGAGUUCCUUCUCCCGGGGGAGAGGGUAUCUGAGACUUAAAAGGAAAGAGCAUGGACCAUAUGCCGAGGAAGAGUCAUUGUUUGAAGUUGAUAGUUUGACUUACGCGAUAACGUCGUUCUUUUCCUAAUCUUUUGGUUCUCACCAUGUCUACAUUGUGACAUCAGCCCUUGGAUACCUGUUGAAGCAAAGAGACUGGUCUCACCUACUUUGGAAGCUGGAAUUAUG